AUGCCCACGCCCACCGUCUCGCCGGAAAAGUCGUUUGCGCAGCACCCGCUCGACUUUGACAAGCUCCUCUCGGGCGACCAGGCCGAAGCCGAAAAGCUGAGCCAGGUCGGCGCCGACGUCGUCUUCAUCACACUCGGAACCACCAGGGCCGAAGCCGGCUCGGCACAGGCGUUUGAGAAGAUCGACAGGCAGUACGUCCUCGCCGCGGCACAGGCUGCACUCACCGGCUCAACCACGACGACGAUGACGACGACGACGACGAAGCCGGCGGCGGACAAGACGAUCGUCUACUGCUCGUCGCAGGCCGCCAACUCGUCUAGCCUCUUUCUCUACCCGCGAUCAAAGGGCCUCACAGAGGAAGGUCUGGCCAAGCUCGCAAGCGACGUCAUCAUCUUUCGCCCCGGCUUCCUCGCCCAGGCCGAGCGAAAGCAGCCCAGGGCUCUCGAGACCAUCUUUGGCAAGCUGACCGGAGUCGUCUCGCACUUUUCCUCCAACGUCGAGAUCAAUGUCUCGACGCUCGGCCUGGCCAUGGUCAAGGCGGGCCAGCUGGGAUCGGCGGGCCUCCGCUCGCAGGGCAUGGGGGCGCCGCCAGCCUUCAAGAAGGACGAAGGCACCGACAACACCGUCACCGUCGUCAGCAACGCAGAGGCCAUCCAGCUCGGCAAGCAGUGA